CGUGACGGUUUCGCGCCGCGGUGGCGUCUUGCUUGCUGUGGCUUCCGGCAUGUGUCCUCUCGGCACGAGCCCUCUCCCGCGCCGCGCCUUUGCCGCCGACGCCUUGGCCGGCGGCUCGCGCGUUGUCGUGGACGAGCGCUUCUCGAUCACUAUCCCUUCCGGAUUCGUCCGUCUCUCUCGUGGCGGCGUCGGUGGCUCGAAUACACUGCUCUCGGCUGGCGACUUCCGUGGCGCGAUUCGCGAGACUGGGGCCGCCACUACGCUCUCUGUCCAGCGCGCAAACGCAUCCGCUGUCGCUGCGCCGCAGGGCGACGAGGCGGCGGCGCUGACGGCAGCGGCUAAUUCGCUUGCGUCGCUGCGCGACGAGCAGUCGGCGCUCGGUGGCGGCUGCCCGUCCGCCGUGCUGCCAGGGACGGUCGACCUGCGGGGCGGGAUCCUCCGAUUCGAGAUGGCGACGCCGCUGGCUUGCAUUCCCGGAAGCGCCGCGCAGGCGCCGAACGAGCUGUUGCGGCACACCGCUGUGCGGGCGGCGUGGUCGGGCGGCGGCGUGCUCCUCCUCUUUGCGGGCGCGCGGCAGACGGAGUGGCUCGGGGGAGCGGGGGAGGCCCUGACGGCGGCGGCGGACAGCUUCGCGCCGCUGUGAUGUUCUUUACCUAAAGUAUGGAAAAGAGUGG